GACAAGGUAGCCGAACAAUGUGGCCAAAAUAAGCCGUUUAUCGUAACGGGAGAGCUAAUUAAUGAGAGCGAUGUGAAAAAUAUUAUCGACUCGACGAUCAGGCACUACGGCAAACUAGAUGUUUUAGUUAAUAACGCUGGAAUUUUAGAAGGCGGUAGUAUAGAGACCACAAGCUUGGAACAGUAUGAUAAAAUUUUCAACGUAAAUGUUCGCUCGAUGUAUCAAUUAACAAAACUGGCGGUGCCACACUUGAUCAAAACAAAAGGCAACAUUGUAAACGUUUCUAGCAUAUCUGGAUUACGAGCUUUCCCGAAUAUU